AUGUUUAAAGACUCUGUUGGUGCGAUGGGCGCUUCCCUACCUCCAGGUCUACCGCCUACUCCUAACGUGCCUCUAUCCCAGGUUCAAUCUGUAAUGCCCUCACGCUUUAUACCCGGCCCUCAACAGGCUGGUCCCGGUAGAGGCUCCAGUCUACUUUCUAACCAUCAAUUGGGAGGAGUGCAACAGCCACAAUCACAACAACAACAUCAACAGCUUCAUCAGCACCAUCAGAUGGGCUACCAAGUUCCCCACCAAGUUGGUAUUUCAUGGAAUCAACCACAUCCAAUGCUCCAACAGCAACAGCAACAACAUCAGCACUCUUCAAUGACAACUGAACAGCACGUUGGAUUGCCCUUGUCCUCGCCCUCAACUGCCAACUUCUACCAAAGCAAAACUGGAUUGGUUCCUUCAAUGUCUCAAUCUCAACCACCCUCGCCUCAUUCAUAUUCAGUCGGCUUGAUGACCCCAGGAGAGACUGUAACCUCUGCAAAGGCACCGCCAUCGUCUGUAGCUACCGGUGGUUUUUUGGCAAUGUCUUCCGGAAUCCAUACUACGGCACAAGGAACUCUUCCACCUCAGAGCUAUAAUUCUGCCCCCACUAUUGCUAAUAGCAAUGAAGGGGCAGCCCCACUUGCAACCUCAGCGACUGGACUUACAGGACAAAUGUCAUUACUUGGCAGCUCUGGUAAGCUAGUAUACUUUUUAGGCUGA